CAGGUCAUUUUUGACCACAGAAGAAGAGAGACAGCGAUAUCAACAGGGGAAGCUCACAUAUAAGAAAGAGCAAAGUGCCUUAUUUCCCUGGUCGGUGAACCCCUUCAGUCUGAACACAAGAUGGCUGAUAAAGUGGCUGACUUUCCCAGUGGCCCGCUGGAUAUGUACAGGAACAAAGCCUCUUUCAACUGGAAGGAAAUGGUCUGUUUCUUAGACGGAGAGGAAAUCAUUGCAUUUAAGCAACAUGUGUUCAAGACACUUGAGAAUGACCCUCUGUUUGCACGUCGGCCCGGUGAAGACAUCCCUCUCGCGAAAAUGAGAGAGCUGACCUUCUUCAGGUUAAAGCAGCUCAUCCGCUACAACUUUCUGACAAGAGAAGAGGUAAUGGCUAACCCCUUGAAGGCUGUGACUCUCAAUAGUUGCCUGAUCAUGUAUGACUGUUCCUUGGCGGCCAAGUACUUUCUCAACAAAGAGAUUUAUGGAUCAACUAUUGCCAACUUAGGAUCAGGGAGACACAACAACUAUGUUGAAAACAUUCAAGACAUGACGAUGUUUGGAUGCUUUGGAAUGACUGAGCUGAGCCACGGCAGCAACACCAGAGCCAUGAGGACCACAGCAACAUAUGACCCCUCCACCCAGGAGUUUGUGAUCAAUUCUCCGGACUUUGAGGCCGCCAAGUUCUGGGUGGGGAACAUGGGUAAGACUGCGACCCACGCUGCGGUGUUCGCUCAGCUCUACACGCCUGACCAGGUGUGCCACGGCCUGCACUUUUUUGUUGUGCCGCUGAGAGAUCCCAAGACCCUGCUAGCUCUGCCUGGUGUGCUGGUUGGAGACAUGGGCAAGAAGCUGGGGCAGAACGGACUGGAUAACGGGUUUGCUUUGUUCAAUAAUGUGAGGAUCCCUCGGGAGAAUCUGCUGAAUAAGACGGGAGAUGUUACUCCUGAUGGUCGCUACAUUACACCAAUUAAGGACCCCAACAAGCGUCUCGGGGAGUCUCUGGGUGCCCUGUCAGUUGGCAGGGUGUAUAUCACCAGGACGGCUUUGGUCAACCUGAAGCUGGCUCUGAUUAUCGCCAUCCGCUUCUCAGCCACCAGAAAACAGUUUGGACCCAAAAACACAGAGGAGAUUCCUGUUUUGGAGUACCAGUUACAGCAAUGGCGUCUGAUUCCGUACCUGGCAGUAGCGUAUGCUCUUGAACACUUCUCCAAAUCCAUCUUCAUGAACUUUUUUGAGUUCCAGAUUGGACAGAUGAUGAGGGAGAAGAGUGACAGACAAGCAGAGAUGGGGAGGGAGAUCCAUGCCAUAGCAUCCUCUAGUAAACCGCUGGGCUCAUGGAUUGCUCAGAGAGGGAUUCAGGAGUGUAGGGAGGCCUGUGGUGGACAUGGAUACCUGGCCAUGAACCGGCUGGGUGAUCUGCGUAAUGACAAUGACCCAAACUGCACAUAUGAAGGAGACAACAACGUCUUGCUGCAACAGACCAGCAACUACCUGCUCAGCUGGCUCCAUGCUAAACACCGUGAUGGUGUGCGCAUUGAGUCUCCUCUUCACACUGUGGAUUUCCUGGAUGAUUCCCACAAGAUCCUGGAAAGCAGGUUCACAGCAAGAACGAUGGAGGAGUGUAUGGACUCUGCAGUGCCACUGGCAGCCUAUAAGUGGCUGGUGUGUUUCCUGCUGGAAGAGAGCCAGAAGAGGCUGGAGCAGGAGAUGGCCUCGGGAAAGGAGGAGUUUGAGGCCCGUAACAACAGCCAGGUCUACCACUGUCGCUCCCUGGCCAUCGCCUACAUAGAACACAACUGCCUCCAGAGGUUUCAUGAGCUGACUACUGAUACGGACACACCAGCUGGUCUCAGACCUGUACUAAGCAAGCUGUGUGCCCUGUAUGGGCUGUGUAGCCUCAGGAACCACAUGGCCACACUCUACCAGGGUAAUUACUUGAGUGGAAGGAAGCCCAUGGAGUUGGUCCAGAUGGCCAUUAUCACUCUCUGCUCCCAGCUGAAGGAUGAUGCAGUAGCAUUGGUGGAUGUUUUAGCACCUACUGAUUUCAUUCUCAACUCACCUAUUGGCAAAGCUGAUGGACAGCUUUACAAGAACCUGUGGUCGACAGUGAUGCAGGGCAGCCAGGUGCUGGAACGGCCUUCCUGGUGGAAAGAGUUCUGCUCAGACAAGCCGGUGGUCGGAUCCCUCCGUCCAAAACUCUAGAACCAACUCAACGACCUCCCUCUACAACCCUGGACAUGUGUCUGGAGUGUCCACAUUCUAACUCUGUAAUUCGAAGUGCAAUUUAAAAUGUAAUGUCCAUACACACAACGUAUUGCCAAAAAAGUGUCCAAAAUGUUGUAUACAGAGUACCUUAUCAACUGUUUAUUUUGAAACGCUGGAAUCCUGUGCACUCUUCAGAACUCUGUAUGAACUAAAGAACUC